GUUUCUAGCUUCAAUUUGAACAACUGAGAACUAUCCAGUCGUGUUAGCUACGAUUUUCUGUCACCUUUGAAGAUGGUUUGCGAAAACUGCGAGAAGAAACUAGGACGGGUCAUCACUCCUGAUACCUGGAAAGAUGGUGCUAGAAACACGACAGAAAGUGGUGGGCGAAAACUUAAUGAAAAUAAAAUGUUGACCUCCAAAAAAGCCAGGUUUGAUCCUUAUGGAAAGGCUGGUUUUGCCACCUGCAGAAUAUGCAAAAGCUCUGUUCAUCAGUCUGGUUCACACUAUUGCCAGGGAUGUGCAUACAAGAAAGGAAUUUGUGCCAUGUGUGGGAAAAAGGUUAUUGAUACCAAGAACUACAAACAGACCUCUGUUUGAUUCAUUCUUUCUAGCUGGAGACAGAUGAUUGGGUUCGUUUUUAUUGGAGAUAAUUAUAAUUGAUGGUCACAAAAGAGCAGUUUACAGAGUUUUGUGACCAAGAAAUUGCUGAGAAAAUGGUGCACGUGUUUGUAACUGUUAGUUGUGAGAAGCAUACGUUAUUGGUAUUCCUCUCUCACUUAACCUUAGAGCAAUAUUUGGCAUAUACUGUUUGGACAAAGCAGAAGUAAAUCUCUUUGAAAACCUGUUUUCCUCAAAUGUUCUCAUUAGUUUGGAACUUUUUCCCAUCUUCCGUCAGUGAUUAUUUCUACAGAACACAAUGAUCCACCUAUCUCUUGGACCCUGAAAUACCAGUCGGGUCACUUCAUGGCAGUUUAUAGCACCUUUUUUAUAACUUAGUUGGCCAAAAGUCUACUUUGACAUUUAAAUCCCUUCCCCAAGUCAAGAACAUCUUUUCUAUAAUCUCUUUUCUUUAAAAUAUUGUUUUCCCUUGACCCUUUAAGUCAGUGUAAUUAUUAAAGCAUCUAAUGUAAAUAUGAAACCAGUAGAUUAUGACACGUCAAUGUAAGAUAGUAACACGUUUAAUGUACAGUGAUGUUGAUAGUCUGUUUAAAUUUCCAUUUGCCCUCAGCAUUGUCCAUCUCACACUUGGGUCUUCUUGUCAAAACAGUGGCAUCUGUAUCUCUUUUGUUGUUUACUUUUUAAAUGAUAAUGUUGAGUGAAUCCCAGAUUUGUUUGUUUAAUCCCAGAUUUGUAGUUUGUACUGAAAAUAUAAUUUGUAGUCAUUACUUAAGACUCUGUAAAAUGUAAUAUCUAUUAAAUUAUGGAGAGUGUGGGACACCAAUUACAUCGUGGGACAGUUUUAAAGUCUGUGUGUAUAUAUAUAUAUAUAUAUAUAUUUUUUUUUUUUUUGCAAAAUAAAAUUGUGAUGACCUCUUGCACAAAUCAUUCUUUUAAAUGAGAAAGCAAUGACAAGAAGAAGCUGUUAAUAAUGGAGUGUGGCAGGGCAGGGUCGUGAUCCUACACACCCGGUCCCGUAUUAGGCCAAAUUAAGCCUCCGAGAGGGAUAAAGGUCGGCUGCAGAGGAUCGUGCGGGAGAGCAAGAUAGUUUACGGACAUGUCC